AUGACUGGAAGAAGGAUUCAUACAUCGAUUACAGAGGUUUCAAAGGCCAUUGACCGUACCGUCGAUGAAACUGCUUUGCCAAUUGCUCAUCUGAGCGAUGAGGACAACUAUUUCAGAACAAAUCCCAGACCUGUGUACAUGGACGAUUUGUUAACGGAGGCUACACAGUUCAUAGAGUAUCAGAAGUCUCAAGGUCGCGAGAAAAUUGUUCUGGUGACGUCUGGUGGUACUACGGUUCCCUUAGAAAACAAUACAGUUCGCUUCAUCGAUAAUUUUUCGGCAGGAACUCGUGGUGCAUCUAGUGCAGAGCAGUUCUUAUUCAAUGGGUACUCUGUGAUAUUCCUCCAUAGGGAGUUUUCUUUGACUCCAUUCAACAGGCCUUUCAUUCAUAAUACAGAAACUUGUUUCUUGGAUUAUUUUGAUGAGGAUGGGAGUAUUUCACCAAAGUAUAAGGACUUGAUACUUCAAAAUAAACGUGACUAUGACCAGUUCAUAUACAAGGAAAAGAAGUUGUUGAUGUUGCCGUUUACAACGGUGAACCAGUACUUGUGGUCUUUGAAGACAAUUGCCGCUUUGAUGAAUAACAGCGGAUGUUUGUUCUACCUUGCGGCUGCCGUGUCGGACUUUUUCGUUCCAUAUUCAAGGUUACCACAACACAAGAUUCAAUCGCAAGAAGCUAACCAAUCACUGAAUGACGGAAACCAAAGCUCUACAACAGUUGGCGGGAAAUUAAUAGUAAAUCUUGAUCCUGUGCCCAAAUUUUUAAGGAGAUUGGUUGAAUCUUGGGCCACUCAAGCAAUGAUAAUCUCUUUUAAACUAGAAACGGAUAACAACCUUUUAAUUCAUAAAGCUCAUCAGGCUUUGGACCGUUAUAACCACCAGUUAGUGAUAGGUAAUCUAUUGCAAACAAGAAACAAAGAAGUGGUUUUCGUUUCGGAACAAAACCGCGAUGGUGACUGGAUAAGAAUCACUGAUGAUCAUAAAAACAUUGAAAAGCUGAUCGUACAAGAAAUCGUCAAGAGACAUGAUGCAUGGAGGAAAACUGGGAAACAAUGA